CGCCCUCUUUGAUAAACUGGCGGGUGAUUUAAACGUGAUUCAAGUCUCCUUUGACUUUCUGUUAUUACAAAAAAUCCUGACUACAGAACAUGUCUGAAUCGGGAUACAAAUCAUUGCAAAAUCUACUGGAACACAGACCGUGGUCAGUACCCACGCAGUUACACUCCCCGGACAGAAAGCUGGCGGUGUGCGAUGGUCUGUCUGGGGUUUCUUUCCCAGAACCUUGGCUGCUCCCAGGCUGCAACAGUGCUUACAAUAGCCUUGUGAGGAACCCAUCAUCUGGCACUAUCCUCCCGCAGCUUGGCUCAGACUGUUCUGGAGUGACCGAGGAAUCAAUACUAUCUUCUCCAAAUACCCCUGAACCAAAAAGGUCUUCAAUCCUGGAGCGCUGUAUAUUCAAGCUGUCGACGGUCAGCGUUGGAGUGGGGACAGACGAUCUGGAUGGCAGGGGGACCCAUGAUGGCAGGACGUCCCGGAAACCCCUUGAUCUGUUAAAAUGUGAGGGCGAUGAGGCAGUUCUGAACCGGCGACAGAAACAGAUUGACUAUGGCAAAAACACCAUUGGCUACCAGAAGUAUAUACAAGAGGUCCCAAAGAAGAUGAGAAUCCCAAAUGUACACCCGCGGACACCGAACAAAUACAAGAAGUACAGCCGCCGCUCGUGGGACAUGCAGAUCCGACUCUGGAGAAGAACCCUGCAUACCUGGGACCCCCCUGGAGAGAACCUGGACCAGCUACAACAUCUUUUGGACCAGAUGAGUGCUGAAACUUAUGAAAACUUCAAGGACAGUUGUGCUGACCAUCAGAACUUGUUUGGACCUGGGGAGAGGGAUUCCCUUCUAUCACAGGUCCCUGGAUUUCAAACUCAAGGCCUCUCCUAUGCUUUUGACUGCCGACUCCCUCCGGAUGAGCUCAUCAUGGGUUGGAUUCGAUCUCUCAUGGAAGUGAACCACGACAAUUAUCCGCUAGGGGGUUGCCAACCACAGCUUUCAUUCAACAGGGAUUGAAAUGAGACUUCCACUGUGCGGUCAUUGUUUUUGGGUAUUCCAGGUAAUGAGAGUGUGAUUGGACAAACCUGAGGUCACAAGUCCUGAUAAAUCCAUGCAUGGAUACAGCUGGCAAGUUAGAGGGUGGCUUGAUCUAGCUAUCUCUUCUACGGGCAGCACAAUCACGCUUAUGCAUUUUUAACGGACCAUAGCAGUCCCUGCAUGGUGUACGUUGAUAAAUUGUGUGCAGAUUUAUCUUUAUCAGUGUUGUAAAAAAACAAAAAAAAAAAUAAACCUGUUAUUGUUA